AUGGAGGACGGCCGGUGGGAAUGCAUCCAGGGGGAGCAAGACCUGUUCCCCCCACAACCUGACCGUGUGGCUAUAGUGACUGGCGGGACAGACGGUAUCGGCUAUGCCACGGCGAAGCGCCUGGCGAGGCUCGGCAUGCACGUAAUCAUAGCUGGAAAUAAUGAAAGCAAAGCCGAAGAUGUUGUGAGCAACAUCAAAGAAGAAACCUUGAAUCCCAGAGUGGAGUUUUUGUAUUGCGACCUGGCUUCUUUGACUUCCAUCCGGCAGUUUGUGGAGAAGUUCAAGAUGAAGAAACUCCCUCUGCAUGUCCUCGUCAAUAAUGCUGGGGUCAUGAUGGUUCCGGAGAGGAAGACCCAGGACGGGUUUGAAGAACAUUUCGGCUUGAACUACCUUGGGCACUUCCUGCUCACCAACCUCCUGCUGGACACCCUGAGAGCGUCCGGAUCCCCCGGCCGCAGCGCCAGGGUGGUCACCGUGUCCUCAGCCACGCAUUACGUCGGCGAGCUGAACAUGGACGACCUGCAGAGCAGAAAAUGCUAUUCGCCCCACGGCGCCUAUGCGCAGAGCAAGCUGGCCCUGGUCCUCUUCUCCUACCACCUGCAGCGGCUGCUGGCCGCCGGGGGCAGUCACGUGACCGCCAACGUGGUAGACCCCGGCGUGGUCAACACGGAGCUCUACAGGCACGUGUUCUGGGGCACACGUCUGGUUCAGAAGGUGUUCAGCUGGCUGCUUUUCAAGACCCCCGACGAAGGAGCCUGGACUUCUGUGUAUGCAGCAGUCACCCCAGAGCUGGAAGGAGUUGGCGGCCGCUACCUGUACAACGAGAAGGAGACCACGUCCCUCAAGGUCACCUACAACCAAAAGUUGCAGCAACAGCUGUGGGCCACCAGCUGUCAGAUGGCCGGUGUUCUCAACGUGACCCAUGACACUGCCUUGAGCUAGCUGCUGCCUCUGGAACUCAUGGGGAGGACCACGGUGUCUGCAUUCUGCACGCCCAUCUGCACUCGGGCUCUGUCCUGCAGCCUUGAGUUGGCCGCUUGAACUUCUGCAAGAACUGAAGGAGCAAAGGCAACAUUGGGGUGAUGUUCCUCAGCCAUAAUCCUUGUGCUCCCAAGGUGCCAAACUGUCAC